AUGGCUAUUCCAGCUAUCUCCUUGUUCAUCCCAUUUCACAAACUCGAUCCAUCAAAGAAAAAUCAGUGUAUAUUUCCAACCCAGAAAGGAGAGAGAUGUAGGUGGUGUUGCGAAGAAAAUGACAACGCAAGCGCGAUCUGGCAUCAAGAAACUAUUCGUACUCAGAUAAUGUUAGGCCAGCUGAUUAGUCUAGAUCUACUCCAAAUGUAUAUCUUGUGCAACUGUUCCAAGGAGGACAAUGCAAAGCAUCAACAUCGCAUAGAGGAUAUUGGUUUUUCAAUGCCACUGGCACAAAGAUGGAAUACUGAGAUCAUGAGAUAUGACGCUUACCAAUCGCAGACGAAAACAUCUCUCCCAGCACCCAGCGAGGAAUCUCUUACUCAAGCUCCUGUGUCUGAGUUUCGACUUCAUAUCGCAACACCCGGUCCUAACGACUCUGUCGCCAGAAAUAUUCUCGAUCCUCUUCAAAACUACGACUUUCAGACCGGGUCAGUGUAUGCAUUUGACAGGGAAUCUUCUCCAGGCCACGUCAAGAUUGGCUGGACAGCUGUUUCUAUUGCAGGUCGGCUCGAACAUUGGGCGAAUUGUGGCUAUAAACCUAACUUAAUUAUUAGUGUGCACAACAUACCUUGUGCCCAGCGCGUUGAGACACUGAUACAUUACGAAUUGAUACGAGAAUGGCGGCGAGAACGGUCGUGCAUAGGGUGUAGAAAGAGUCAUAAAGAAUGGUUCGAGGUUGAUCCGGAAACAGCAAAACAAGUAGUAGUUGAUUGGGCAAACUUUAUGAAAAUUUCUGAGCCUUAUACCCCAGAGGGGCUUCUGAACGACAUGUGGCUAAAGAUCGUCAAAGAUAUGGAGGCACGUGAUCAGGUGGUUACUGCUAGGAAGCUGCUGGACCACUUCGCAGCGGACUUCGCAGCGUUGUUGCUUGAAGAGUUAACACUCAUUGAAGACCAGAUAGAUUCAACAAGACCCUCGCAAGUAGAUGAGAAAAUAAUUGAUUCCUUGGAAAGGACAUUGGUACACGACGAUUUUCUUGAGGCUAAAUCAUCCCAGUUUCCUUCGUCAGCCAACUUUACAAACAGAACCAGCCAAAAGGGGCUCAUGCCUAAACAGAUACUACUGCCUUCAUCACCAGUGCAAUUCCAAGAUUCCUAA